AGCAACUUGGCAACACGUAAUUAAGAGUCUGGUUGACAACGUUGUUCACAGAUUUGGUUAUUUAUCGGUAUAUUUUUUUCAAAUAGACCAAGGUCACGUUCACUAGCAGGUCCAGUUAGUAAGAAUUUAAGUGAGUUCAGAGAAACCUGAUUAUUUCAAGAUGUCUGACAGGAAAGCGGUGAUCAAGAACGCCGACAUGUCGGAGGACAUGCAACAGGACUCUGUGGACUGCGCCACCCAGGCCCUCGAGAAGUACAACAUCGAGAAGGACAUUGCCGCCUUCAUCAAGAAAGAGUUCGACAAGAAGUACAACCCAACAUGGCACUGCAUUGUGGGAAGGAACUUCGGAAGCUACGUCACCCACGAAACGAAGCAUUUCAUUUACUUCUACCUUGGACAAGUGGCCAUUUUGUUAUUCAAAUCGGGUUGAACUUUGAAGAAAAGAAAAAGACAUGUAGUCAUACGAAAGAAAAAAAAAGGAAGUCCCAAUUCCAUCAGUAUUAAUUAUAUCAAAGUGUAUUAUGUGAUUAAAUGUCUAAACGGAUCUAUGGAUAGGAAACUACUGCAAUAAUUUUUAGCCAAUAAAGGCAAGGUGCUAUGAA